UCCGCACUCGAUGUAAUAACAGAACUGGCAACACCGAACCGUUUUAUUCAAAUCAAAUGUUCGUAAAAUCCGUAAAUUUUCAACAGUCAACAUUUCGUUAGGGUGCGACGCGAAACGGUUUGAAGUUUGAACCGUUUCUAGUCGUGAAGAUGACGACACCAUCAACAGAACCAAUUUGUGUUAGGAAUUCUCUCCUUCAACACAUUUUACUGGGGCGGCGAAAUCUUUUUGAUGGAGACAAGGAUCAACGUCAACUUACAAAAGAUGGGCUCAUAGAUGCUCUGUUGGUACUGUAUGAUGAGUGCAGUACUGACAUAACUAGAAAAGAUAUUCACACAGUGAAUUUUGUGGACAGAUAUCAACCAGUUGUCACAAAGCUUAGAAAAUUGCGAGUCAAUGUUGCAGACUUUGAGCUGAAAAAAGUGAUUGGACGUGGCCAUUUUGGGGAAGUUCAUCUUGUCAAGGAGAAGCAGACUGGUGAUGUCUAUGCAAUGAAAAUCAUCAAGAAAUCUGACACUCUCGCUAAGCAAAGUAUUUCAUUUUAUGAAGAGGAGAAGGACAUCAUGGCAAAGGCAAAGUCUGAGUGGUUGACGUUUUUACAUUGCUCCUUUCAAGACCAAGAGAACCUUUACUUUGUAAUGGAAUUUCACCCAGGAGGCGAUUUACUUUCUCUCUUGAGUCGUCGCGAGGGAAUACUAGCGGAAGACGAAGCUCGAUUUUACUUGGCAGAGAUGGUUCUCGCUCUGCACACGCUGCACUCUAUGGGCUACGUCCACAGAGAUAUUAAGCCAGAAAAUGUUUUGCUUGAUCGACUUGGCCAUAUCAAAUUGGCAGAUUUUGGUUCUGCUGCUAAACUGGAUUCUUCCGGCUUUGUUCGGAAUGAAAUUGCUAUCGGAACGCCCGAAUACAUAGCUCCUGAGAUCUUACUUUCAAUGAACAACGUGGGUCACUUUGCCGGUGGUUAUGGAAUCGAGUGCGAUUAUUGGUCAUUGGGUAUUAUGGCUUACGAAAUGGUGUAUGAAAAAACGCCAUUUGGGGCAGAAACAAUGACCACAACGUAUGGAAACAUCAUGAAUUUUAAGAGUUCGUUCAAGUUUCCCUCGAAAGUAGUCAGUCCGGAAUUUACAAGUUUAAUUUCGGGGUUGAUUUCCUCUGCGGAAACACGUCUCGGAUAUCAGAAAUUAAUCCAACAUCCGUUUUUUGCAAGCAUUGAUUGGAACGCCUUACGCGAGAAAUCACCUCCCUAUGUUCCAGUCAUCACAGGAUUAGACGAUACUUCAAACUUUGAUGAAUUUGACAACGACUACGCCAAACCACACUCAACAAUUAACUUGAAGAACACUCAACUGGGUAGCGGUAGAAACUUGCCUUUCAUCGGUUUCACUCACAUUAAAGAAGGCAGCCUUGUCAGUCAAGCUGAGCAACCACCUUCAUUAAUUGAAUACAAAAAGAGGAUUGGUGAACUUGAAUCUGAAUUGAAUUCCAAGACCAAAGAAAUCUCUGAGCUCAGAAAACAAAAGAUACAGCAUGAGCAUGAGAGUAAACAAUGGAAUAGAGAUCUUCUUGAUCAGAAAAUUGUCCGUUUAGAACAGCAACGUGAUACUUUGGAGAAACAGCUCGCCCGUGCUCAACGGGAUGCUGACAACAAUCGUCGAAUUCUAGACUUGGAACAGUCGCAACGAAAAGAAAACGAAGUUAAAGUCGUCGAGAUGGUGGCUGAAAUGAAAAAGAACUGGGAGAAAAUUGUAAAGAAAAAAGAAAACGAAAUGGAGAACCAGAUUCAGGUUUGGAAACAAGCUCAUUCCGAUACCAAAAACCUCGCAGAUGAAAAAUGUGAACUUUUGAAAACUGCUUUAGAGACUGUUACAAAGCUCGAAAGAGACUGUGACAAUUUGAAAGCCAAGGCCGAAAAAUACAAAGAACUUGCCGCUCGGGGUCAUCGGAUGGGAGAAAAGCGUGCCAGCAUGUGCAUACAACAAACACCACCAUCAAAUGAAGCGUUGAUUCAAACCCAGCAUCAACUUGAGCGAGAAAGAGCAGUUAAAUCAGAGCUCAUGAAAAAAAUCCAAGAACUAGAAGAUGGCUUCCGGAAAUCAGAGGCUGAAUACAAUAAGCGAUUGGAAGCGGAAGAGAGGCAAUGGAUUUCACAGUCCAAUGAGCGAGAAUCUGAAUACCUGGAGAAAAUUUCUUACUUAGAAGAGAAAAUUAUCAAAGAAAAGGAAAAUCGCAUCAAAGAACUUGAAAGCAGUUUAAAGAAUACUUUGACAGAAUGUCAGAAAUUAAAGGAACGUACUGACCAACUUCAGAGAAGCCUGGACGAUACUCUUCAAUGGAAAACCGGCUUCGAAACCAGUUUCUCGAUCCGUGAAGGGGAAUUAGAGAGUAGGGUUAAGCAGCUCGAAGCUGACUUGCGAAGCGCAGCUGAUAUGAGGUUAGAACUACAGAAACAGGUUGCAGAUAUAUCCCAUAGAGAGACAUUGCACCUCCAAAAGUAUGAGAUCAUCGUUGUGGAUAUGCGAGAAGCUGUUGAACGACUUGAGCAGAAAAACCAAGACUUAGUCGUUCAGCUAUCGAGCCACGAAUCAACACUGUCAAGCAAUCAGUCCGUUUCACCUGAAUUGGAAGAGAGCAAGCAGAAAAUUUUGUUUUUGGAAGGUCAAGUAACCAAAUUGGAACAACAACUCGAACGAAGCCGCGAAAAUUUGACUCUGGAGCGCGAGAAAUCCCGGCUGGCUCAAUCCGAUUUGUGGAAAAAGGAGAAAGAGCUAUCGGACGCUAAAAUUGAUUUACGUAUCGCCAACCGUGAGAAUAAGACCAGCGAAACCGAAAUUUCCAAACUCAAGGAAGGUUCCAAGCUGUGGGAAGAGAAAUUAAAGGCUAAAGAGGAGGAAAUCGAAUCGAUGCGCAAGGAAGUAACAAUGGCGAAGAGCGAACUUACAGGAAUCCAAGAACUCCUAACUGAGAAGGAAAAGACUCUUACCGAUAACGAGAAAAAUCUGGAACAGGCCAACAAAACCGCAAGUGCUGCUAGAGAGUUGCGUCGAGAACUUCAGUUCGUUAAGGACGAGAUGUCAAUCAACCAGCGUCUCAAGUCAACUUUGGAAUCUGAAGUACAAAGAGCCGAGGAGAGAAUUUCUCGAUUUGUCGAAGAAAAGAAAGAAAUGGAAAAGCUUUUGCAGGAGGAGAAGAAGAAAGUUGAAGAAAGCGAAAAAAAUCUUAACAUUCUGAAGGAGACAAUGAUUCUUAUGGAUGAACAACUUCAAGAUUUCGAUAAUAUCGUCAAAGGGGUCGACACCAAACAAGCUGAAUUCGACAAAGAAAAAUCUAAUCUCUCGCAGGAGGUAGAGCGUCUCAAACAAGAAGUUCGUAAGGCUAAGCAACAGGUUAACGAAGAAAAGUCGCUCAAGCUGUUCACUGAAAGCAAACUCCGCGAUGUAGAAUCGCGACUCAAUAGCUGUGAGUCUGAUACUGAAUCACGCAUUAGCCAACUUCAAAAGCAAAAUUCAGAAUACACCACCACCAUUAAUCAGUUGAAUGAACAAGUAGGCGAGCUUGACCAGCAAUUAGCCGAUUCCGAUAUGUCACUCAACAGCCUGGAAAGAAAGGUCGCGAUCCUCGCUGAAGACAAUGUCAAGUUGCAAGAAGAAUCGUCCGCAUUACGAACCCAAUUGAUUUCAGUCAAGAAUUCAAACGUCGUUCUAAGCGAAGGACUUGAACAGGCGAUCUCAAAAGCGGAAUCUUACAAGAACGACAUCAUUCGAUUGGAAGCACAAAUCGAUACAACUCGCGUGAUGCACAAAGAGCGGGAAUUGAAGUACGAUUCGACCAUUGCACAACAAACGAAGCUCAUUGAUUUCCUUCAGACCAAGGCAGAGCAGCCAAAGAAAAAGUCAACGUUCACCGACAAGAUCUUUGGUUCCCACAAGAAGGAGAACCAACCGAGCAUCCCUUUGGCAUAUCGCGAGCUCGAGUCCAAUCUAGAAAAGAAAACGACUCAAUGCCGUGUCCUGACAGAGCAAUUGAACAAAUGCAGAGCCGAAUUGGCAGCUGUCAAGAACGAGUCGUCUUCCAGGUCAUCUAAGGAUCUUACUAAAACACCGACUGCUGGAAACGACAAAUUCAAAAGUGAAAUGUCCACUCCUAGUAUUCCUCAUCGAGCGUUGAGCCGACUGACCCAAUCUCCUGGAACGCAGCAAUCUUCGCCGUCAGCAAGCAGCACAGGAUUGGCCAGCCAGCGAAUGCAUCACAACAUCCCUCAUCGUUUGAAAUCACAAAUAGUUAUGCGUGCCACCAACUGCGCAGUUUGUUUGGAUUCCAUUCAUUUUGGACGUCAAGUUUCCGUCUGCCAUGAUUGCGGCGCUUCUGCGCACGCUAAAUGUGCUCCUCAUUUGCCCAGCACUUGUGGGUUGCCAGUUGGCUUAGCCGAGCAUUUUGGCAGCGUUCUAGGUCAAGAAACAAGUACCCAUCAAGGUGAAAUCCCCACGGAAUCUUCUUUACACAUGAAAAGCUGGGUAAAAAUUCCUAAACCUGGAAAGGCUACCUGCUGGGAGCGCAAGUUUAUGAAGCUCGUCGGUAGUAAACUGUGUAUUUACGAUCACGAACCUUCUUCAGAUAGCAUGCAACCGACCGACAGUUUUGAUUUACAACCGACUGACGGCAGUUCUGUGGCCAUUCAUAGCGCUGUUGCACAGUCAGAUGUCUUCGCUACUGCCAAAACAGACGUCCCCUACAUGUUCAUGGUUGAAUCUGUUCCUCUAACGACCUGCUGGCCCGGUCGUACCCUCUUAGUAUUGGCUCUCAGUUUCCAACAUAAAAAAGCCUGGGUGAGCGCGCUGGAAGCCGUAACUCAAAGAGAAUCCAAUCGCCAAUCGGCAAUCCAAGCUCACCGCAAACCUAAAUUAGUUUUACGUUUGGAAAAUCCCCUCGAUGUAAACUGCGUCGUUCCCAUCAGCGAAGGUGUGCUACUUAUUGGAACCAAGGAAGGUCUCUUCAGCUACCGUCUCCAAGGCAACCGUAAGGAUUUAGUCAAAAUUGAAGGCGUCACCAACGUCCAGCAAAUCGUCCUGGUUCCGAAGCUGAGUGCUGUCUUGAUGAUCGUUGGCGACGAACGUCAACUAGUCCUGACUGAACUGCGAGUUUUACAGAGUUGCGCUGAAACCAUCCAAAGCGCUCAACCCACUCUGGAAGUUGAAAUUGUUCCUAAUUGCGAAGACUGUCAUCUAUUUGACAUUUCAAAGUUAGAAAAAGAUGAAAUUUUCCUUUGCGCAGCCACCCAAGAUCGCGUUAAGCUGUUCAAGUGGAAUAGCAACAAUAGCGCGUUCAUCCUGCGUAAAGAACUCAUUGUCUCGGAAACGUGCAGCUGCAUCUACUUCACCGAACACUCGGUACUGGUUGGAUGCGACCGUUUCUACGAGGUUGAUUUGGGCAAUUACGCAGCCGAGGAAUUCUUAGAUGCAUCCGAUGCUUCAUUGGCUUAUGUUGUUUUCGGUCUGAAGCAAAUCCAUAGUUUCCCCGUUGCCAUUUUGGACGUGACGUCACGCAGAGGAGAAACUGAAUUUCUAUUGUGUUACCACGAGUUUGGAAUCUUCGUAGACGGAUAUGGACGUAGGAGUCGCAAAGAAGACGUCAAAUGGACUCGAUUGCCAUUGGCAUUUGCUUAUCGAGGACCUUAUCUCUUUGUUCUUCACUUUAAUUCGGUGGAAGUCAUGCGACUUACCUCAACUGCUUUCAGGGGGCAACCGAAAACCGAACAACCUGCGAGUCCCAACGACAGCGAGAUCAGUUUAGAGAGCCUUGCUCCUCCACCCAGUGUCUUUAUUGAAAUGCCAAGUCCCCGUUACUUGGGACCAGCGCCACAACCAGGUUCCAACUACUUCUUCAGCAACGACAACAAAGUGAUGGAUAUCAUCCAGCUUGAAGCUCCAGUUGUUCUCGGAGAAACAGAAGGAGCCCAGCCAGUUCACCUAGAUGACAUUAGCUUUAGUGGCUCCGAAUUCAGCAUCACACCGUCGAUUGCAAAAAUCCUUGACCAGCCAGACGACUCUUCUGAAUGCUCCAGCAUAGGGGGCUCAAGCAACAAUAUGCCCUUCAAACGAAUCCCAUCUGCACCCGAGUCUAAUACAAGGAAUAAACGCGUGAAAUUUGAGAGCGAUCUCUGAGAGUAGUGCCGUGUGUAAACAGAAGGUUGUAAGGGUUUUCAAAUUUCAUUUUGCUUGUGUGACUUUCUUUUGUUUUAAUAAAAUUGUAUUCCGGU